CUGCCUGCCUGCCAUCGUCUCCCGCCUCCUGCCGCCGCCACCGUCUCCCGCCUCCUGCCGCCGCCACCGUCUCCCGCCUCCUGCCGCCGCCACCGUCUCCCGCCUCCUGCCGCCGCCACCGUCUCCCGCCUCCUGCCGCCGCCACCGUCUCCCGCCUCCUGCCGCCGCCGACGUCUCCCGCCUCCUGCCGCCGCCACCGUCUCCCGCCUCCUGCCGCCGCCGACGUCCGCCGCCAAACGUCUUCAAUAUGCACGUCAUGCUGUUUUGGACAAAGGAUCGUUGUUCAGAUGAGUUUUUAUUCAUUUUUCUAGAUUUUCGUGCUUUUCUGUUUUUUUUUCAGGAACUACGAGAGCCGUAUCCAGCUGCUUCAGUUCUGCAUUUGCCGUGCAAUCGUCUGCUCGCCGUCGCUUCAACACCUCGCCGUCGCUUCAACACCUCGCCGUCGCUUCAACACCUCGCCGUCGCUUCAACAACUCGCCGUCGCUUCAACAACUCGCCGUCGCUUCAACAACUCGCCGUCGCUUCAACUCGCCGUCUCAUCAACUCGCCGUCUCAUCAACUCGCCGUCUCAUCAACUCGCCGUCUCAUCAACUCGCCGUCUCAUCAAGCUGCCGUCUCAUCAAGCUGCCGUCUCUUCAGUUGCUGGUGGUGAUUUCGAGCUCAUAAUAAAGAGUUUCCAGUCUUUUGACUGAGAACCUUUUUCGAGCUCGAGUCACCGCCGAGUGGCAAAAUUCAGAAACAAGCCUGGCUCGCCAGAAAUUUUGAAAAAAUUUCCAGCAUGCUGGAAAUUUCCAUUUUUCUGGUUUAAAUCGGGCUGUUUCUGGAUUUUGCCGCUAGCGCAUCCUGCGCUCAACAAAAAAAAUAAUAAAUGGUUUUUAUUAAUGUGUUUUUGAUAUCCCCAAUCGACUGACUUUCCCAAAAUUCCGAUACUAACCAUUUUUUUUCCAGAAUUGCCAAUGUCGCCAUUGCUCAGUCAGUCUUCUUCACUCCGACGCUGCUCAACACCACCACCACCACCACCAAUUUGCACCACUCGGAUGCCACAAAUCGACGACGAGGAGGAGGACGACGACAGUUGCAGAACAGUUAGUUUAUUUAUUUUUUGGGGUUAGAUUAAGAAUUUUUAAAUUUUUAACGAAAAUUAGUUUUUAGAAUUACUUAUUUUAUUAGAGUAUUUUUAAUUAGAUAUUUAGUGAUAAUUUUUUAGUUAGGUUUUAAAAAUUAGGUGUAUUUUUAAUUAGGAAAUUAGUAAUAUUAAGGUAGUUAAGUUCUAAGAAUUAGGUUUUUUUUUAAGUUCAUAAGAGGGUUCAAUUUGAGUUUCGAAAGUUAUAGGUUGAGAGGCAGUACCUCUCAACUUAUAAAUGGAUCGAGAGGCAGUACCUACUCGAUCUAUAAAAAACUUUCGAAACUCGCAUAAAUUGAGCUUUUUUUUGAAUUUAAAUUGAAACCUAAUUUUUAGAAUUACUUAUUUUUCUAUUAGAGAUUUAUUAAUUAGAUAUUUAGUUAUAUUUAGGUAGUUAGGUUCUAGAAAUUAGGUUUUUUUUUAAGUUCAUAAGAGGGUUCAAUUUGAGUUUCGGAAGUUAUGAGUUGAGAGGCAGUACCUCUCAACUUAUAAAUGGAUCGAGAGGCAGUACCUACUCGAUCUAUAAAAAACUUUCGAAACUCGCAUAAAUUGAGCUUUUUUUUGAAUUUAAAUUGAAACCUAAUUUUUAGAAUUACUUAUUUUCUAUUAGAGAUUUAUUAAUUAGAUAUUUAGUUAUAUUUAGGUAGUUAGGUUCUAGAAAUUAGGUUUUUUUUUAAGUUCAUAAAAGAGUUCAAUUUGAGUUUCGAAGGUUAUAAGUUGAGAGGCAGUACCUCUCAACUUAUAAAUGGAUCGAGAGGCAGUACCUACUCGAUCUAUAAAAAACUUUCGAAACUCGCAUAAAUUGAGCUUUUUUUUGAAUUUAAAUUGAAACCUAAUUUUUAGAAUUACUUAUUUUCUAUUAGAGAUUUAUUAAUUAGAUAUUUAGUUAUAUUUAGGUAGUUAGGUUCUAGAAAUUAGGUUUUUUUUUAAGUUCAUAAGAGGGUUCAAUUUGAGUUUCGGAAGUUAUGAGUUGAGAGGCAGUACCUCUCAACUUAUAAAUGGAUCGAGAGGCAGUACCUACUCGAUCUAUAAAAAACUUUCGAAACUCGCAUAAAUUGAGCUUUUUUUUGAAUUUAAAUUGAAACCUAAUUUUUAGAAUUACUUAUUUUCUAUUAGAGAUUUAUUAAUUAGAUAUUUAGUUAUAUUUAGGUAGUUAGGUUCUAGAAAUUAGGUUUUUUUUUAAGUUCAUAAAAGAGUUCAAUUCGAGUUUCGAAAGUUAUAAGUUGAGAGGCAGUACCUCUCAACUUAUAAAUGGAUCGAGAGGCAGUACCUACUCGAUCUAUAAAAAACUUUCGAAACUCGCAUAAAUUGAGCUUUUUUUUUUGAAUUUAAAUUGAAACCUAAUUUUUAGAAUUACUUAUUUUCUAUUAGAGAUUUAUUAAUUAGAUAUUUAGUUAUAUUUAGGUAGUUAGGUUCUAGAAAUUGGGUUUUUUUUAAGUUCAUAAGAGGGUUCAAUUUGAGUUUCGGAAGUUAUGAGUUGAGAGGCAGUACCUCUCAACUUAUAAAUGGAUCGAGAGGCAGUACCUACUCGAUCUAUAAAAAACUUUCGAAACUCGCAUAAAUUGAGCUUUUUUUUGAAUUUAAAUUGAAACCUAAUUUUUAGAAUUACUUAUUUUCUAUUAGAGAUUUAUUAAUUAGAUAUUUAGUUAUAUUUAGGUAGUUAGGUUCUAGAAAUUAGGUUUUUUUUAAGUUCAUAAGAGGGUUCAAUUUGAGUUUCGGAAGUUAUGAGUUGAGAGGCAGUACCUCUCAACUUAUAAAUGGAUCGAGAGGCAGUACCUACUCGAUCUAUAAAAAACUUUCGAAACUCGCAUAAAUUGAGCUUUUUUUUGAAUUUAAAUUGAAACCUAAUUUUUAGAAUUACUUAUUUUCUAUUAGAGAUUUAUUAAUUAGAUAUUUAGUUAUAUUUAGGUAGUUAGGUUCUAGAAAUUAGGUUUUUUUUUAAGUUCAUAAGAGGGUUCAAUUUGAGUUUCGGAAGUUAUGAGUUGAGAGGCAGUACCUCUCAACUUAUAAAUGGAUCGAGAGGCAGUACCUACUCGAUCUAUAAAAAACUUUCGAAACUCGCAUAAAUUGAGCUUUUUUUUGAAUUUAAAUUGAAACCUAAUUUUUAGAAUUACUUAUUUUUCUAUUAGAGAUUUAUUAAUUAGAUAUUUAGUUAUAUUUAGGUAGUUAGGUUCUAGAAAUUAGGUUUUUUUUUUUAAUUCAUAAGUUCUAGAAAUUAGGUUUUUUUUUAAAUUAGGUUUUUUUUUUUGGUUCUAGAAAUUAGGUUUUUUUUUAAUUCAAAGUAAUUUUAUUUAGAGUAAUUUUAAUUAGAAAAAUAGUGAUAUUUUAGUAGUUAGGUUCUAAUAAUUAGGUUUUUUUUAAAUUCAUUAAAGGGUUUAUUUGAGUUUUGAAAGUUAUGAGUUGAGAGGCAGUACCUCUCAACUUAUAAAUGGAUCGAGAGGCAGUACCUACUCGAUCUAUAAAAAACUUUCGAAACUCGCAUAAAUUGAGCCGCCGCCGCCAACGUCUUCCGCCUCCUGCCGUCGCCGACGUCCGCCGCCAAACGUCUUCAAUAUGCACGUCAUGAUGUAUUGCACAAAGGAUCGUUGUUCAGAUGAGUUUUCUGUUCAUUUUUCUAGAUUUUCGUGCUUUUCCGUUUUUUUUUCCAGGAACUACGAGAGCCGUAUCCAGCUGCUUCAGUUCUGCAUUUGCCGUGCAUUCGUCUGCUCGUCAAAUCGCCGUAUCAUCAAGCCGCUGUCUAUUCAAGUCGCCGUCGCUUCAACUCGCCGUUGCUUCAACUCGCCGUCUCAUCAAGCUGCCAUCUCAUCAAGCUGCCAUCUCAUCAAGCUGCCGUCUCUUCAGUUGCUGGUGGUGAUUUCGAGCUCAUAAUGAAGAGUUCCCAGUCUUUUGACUGAGAACCUUUUUCGAGCUCGAGUCACCGCCGAGUGGCAAAAUUCAGAAACAAGCCUGGCUCGCCAGAAAUUUUGAAGAAAUUUCCAGCAUGCUGGAAAUUUCCAUUUUUCUGGUUUAAAUCGGGCUGUUUCUGGAUUUUGCCGCUAGCGCAUCCUGCGCUCAACAAAAAAAAUAAUAAAUGGUUUUUAUUAAUGUGUUUUUGAUAUCCCCAAUCGACUGCCUUUCCCAAAAUUCCGAUACUAACCAUUUUUUUCCAGAAUUGCCAAUGUCGCCAUUGCUCAGUCAGUCUUCUUCACUCCGACGCUGCUCAACACCACCACCACCACCACCAAUUUGCACCACUCGGAUGCCACAAAUCGACGACGAGGAGGAGGACGACGACAGUUGCAGAACAGUUAGUUUAUUUAUUUUUUGGGGUUAG